AUGAAAGAAUCAACUUUAGAUAAAAUAAUAGAAAAAUGCCUCAGGAAUGAUGAGUAUGGCUUGAUGGGAGAAUUCUGUAGGUUGUUGGAGGAGCAUGGCAAGCAGGGACAUUCAAAAGGAAAAGUCACACAAAAGAAAUCUCAUGGGAAAGGCAAUAAGGGUAAGGAAAUUGACCCAGAAAGGAGCCCCUCUGGAAGUAAUUUCAAAGACAUUUCAGCCAUAAUUAAACAUCUGAGAGUCUACUUAAAGAAGAAAUCCCGGAGGUAUCGUGAAAGCAAAAAACCCUUCAGUUUUCAUUCAGACCUUAUUCAGAACCGCAAAGAGAAAAGUCACGGAAAAUGUAAUGAAGGUGGAAAAGUCAUCAGUCACUCUUCAUCUCGUACUGAACAUCAGAAACGUCAGAAGAUUCUUUUGGCAGAUAGGUCUCAGAAGUGUAGUAAGUGUGGUACACUCCUCAUUCCAAGGUCAUCUAUUUCUAAGAUAAAAAUCUGUAUAUGUGAAAAAUGUUGGAAAGAGUCAUGUCAGGCUACAGCCUUAAAUAAAGAUGAGGAAACUGAAACUGGAGAAAAUACCCAUAAGUGCAGUAAAUGUGGAAAAGCUUUUGGCUGUAGUGCCUCACCCACCGAACAUCAGAGAAUUCACACUGGAGAGAAACCCUGUAUGUGUAAUGAAUGUAGAAAAGGUUUUAGUGAUAGUUCAUCGCUCACACCAUAUCACAGAACUCAUAGUGAAGAGAAACCCUUCAAAUGCUACGAUUGUGGAAAAAGUUUCACCCUUAGUGCCCACCUCAUUAAACAUCAGAGAAUUCAUACUGGAGAAAAGCCUUACAUAUGUAAAGACUGUGGGAGACCCUUCAGUGACAGUUCGUCUCUUAUUCAACAUCAGCGAAUUCAUACUGGGGAAAAACCUUAUGCAUGUAAUGAUUGUGGAAAAUGCUUCAGUCAUAGCUCAUCCCUUUCUAAACAUCAGAGAAUUCAUACUGGAGAGAAACCCUAUAAAUGUGGUGAAUGUGGAAAAGCCUUUAGACAGAAUUCAUGCCUUACCCGGCAUAAGAGAAUUCACACUGGGGAGAAACCAUAUUUGUGUAAUGAUUGCGGGAUGACUUUUAGCCAUUUUACAUCUGUCAUUUAUCAUCAGAGACUUCAUUCAGGAGAAAAACCCUACAAAUGCAACCAGUGUGAGAAAGCUUUCCCUACCCAUUCCCUCCGUAGUCGUCAUCAGAGAAUUCAUACUGGUGUAAAACCUUAUCAAUGUAAAGAAUGUGGGAAAUCCUUCAGUGAGAGUUCAUCUCUUAACGAGCAUCACCGAAGUCAUACUGGAGAGAAACCCUGUGAAUGUAACUAUUGUGGAGCCACCUUUAGUCGAAGCUCAAUCCUUGUAGAACACGUAAAAAUUCAUACUGGAAGGAGAGACUAUGAAUGUAAUGAAUGUAAGAAGACAUUUAAAAGUAAUUCAGACCUCAUCAGACAUCGGGGAUAUCACUCUGCAGAGUAAUUCUGGUAAUAUAGUGGGGGGCGGGAUUUAGUUCAAAUUGUCAGUUAAUGAAAACCUGGGAUGUAAGCUGUUAUACUAACAACAAUGAUUAGUAGCUGCAACUUUGUUAAAGUGGCAGCUAGGAAAAACAUUCUUUUUUACAUUCACCCCUCUUCUUUACAAGGAUGUCAACUGCUUGUAAAUAGAGUGAUUAGGGUUGGUAAAAUCAGGUGGAAAGUGAAGAAAAUAGUAUAAGAUGCAAAAUGAUUCUGAAUGGCCAAACUUGAAUUUGGAAAGUUCAUUUCUGGGGAAUUUCCCUCUCUUCUACUUUCCCCUUCCACUACCAUGUAGUGUGGGUAGAAAGAGAGCUUGACUGCUCUCAUUUAACCUGGGUUCCAUCCCAGUUUGCCAACCAACUUGUUAUAUAAACAUAGACAAAUCAACUUGACCUUUCUGAAUUCUAGUUUCUUUACUAGGAGAAUGAAGUAGUGGGAUUAAUGAUUUCUAAUUUUUUUUUGUAUAUGUGAUAAUCUCUGAAGAUGUGCC